CAGUGCCACCUGUCAGUGUCCAUCAGUGCCUUAUGUCAGUGCUCAUCAGUGCCUCGUGCCAGUGCCACAUCAGUGCCACACAUCAGUGCCUACCAGUGCACAUCAAUGCCACAUAUCAGUGCCCAUCUGAGCUGCCUUUCAGUGUCAUCCAUCAGUGCCAGUCAAUGCCACCUCUCAAUGCCAAUCAGUGCCACCUAUCAGUGCUGCCAAACAGUGCCACCUAUCAGUGCCAGUCAGUGCUGCCUAUCAGUGCCUGUCAGUGCCACCUAACAGUGCCAGUCAUCAGUGCCGCCUAUCAGUGCCAUUCAGUGCCGCCUAUUAGUGCCAGUCAGUGCCACCUAUCAGUGCUGCCUGUCAGUGCCAUAUAUCAGUGCCAUGUAUCAGUGCUGCCUUUC